AUGGCUGAACUGGCUGCGAUAGCUCUGGUUGGAAACAUACUUCAAUUCGUCGAGGUGGGGAUCAAAUUAACCAGAACCGCACAAAGAGCGUACAAGUCCACUUCAGGCCUUAUCCAAGAAGACGAAGAGUUUCUUGCCAAUACAGAACGUCUACAAACGCUUGUCGGUCUCAUCGAUCAGAGUCAACCAAAUCCUGAAGAUGCUCGACAGGCUAGCAUCGAUGAGAAUUUGCUCCAUACAGCCAAGGCCUGCGACGAAUACGCUUUACAGCUUGAAACUCUUCUGGGCUUCCUACGUCGGAGACCCGGAGAGUUAAGGGCAUUGGAAGCUAUACGGACCAUGAUGCUUCGACGGCUCAGAAAUACAGAGAUUCAAGCCUUGGAAGGAAAGUUGAUCAAUGUGCAAAAAGGCCUGUUGCUUGCUUUGACAACUUCGUCACAUUCCCGUCAAUCGUCAGCAUUGGCUGCGAUACGUAAAUUAAAGCAGCAGAAUGCAGUGUUAGAAGCUAACACAAUAACCAAGCUCGAAUCCAUUGAAUCGCUCAUUCGAAGUAUCGAUCUAAAGAAAGAAGGCACAAGUAAAGCUACCAAGAUAGCCAUCUCACAUCUAGACAAUCUUGCAAUCGAAGCACAACGCGUCAAGAAGCAUCACGAUUUUCUCAAAAGUCUUCGGUUCCGGGAGAUUAAGCAACGGCAUAGCGCUAUUCAGGACCAUCACAAAGCCACAUUCAAUUGGGUCUUUACUGAAGGAAAAACUGGUUUUCGGGAGUGGCUUGAGGAAGGAAGUGGCUUUUUUUGGGUCAAGGGCAAAGCUGGAAGUGGGAAGUCAACAUUGAUGAAGUUCAUCGCCACUCACCAAGAUACACAAUCGCUUCUCGGCAACUGGGGAGGUGGUUGUAGAGUCGUUACGGCUAGCCAUUUCUUCUGGAAUGCGGGCUUGUCCAUGCAAAAGUCACUCACCGGAUUGUUCCAAACGAUAUUGUAUCAAGUUCUCAGAGAAUGUCCUGAACUUAUUGACAUCAUUGAUACGCCCCAUCAAGAUUCGUCGACCAACUAUAACCUUUAUGAUGGUUGGGAUGAUAAGUCUCUUUUCCGAGCUUUUGAACAACUUUCAUCUCAGGAAUCACUGCCACUGCGCUUUUGCUUCUUUAUCGAUGGUCUUGAUGAGUACACUGCUGGAGCACAUCGUUAUACCGGGACUUUUGAGGAGCUUCUCAGUCCGUUACGAGUUCUUGCUUCGUCUCCCUCCAUCAAGAUUUGUGUCUCUAGUCGGCCUUGGGAUGCUUUCGAUCGAGAGUUUAGUAAUGUCAAGUGGAAGCUACAACUCGAGGAUUUGACCAGGGAAGAUAUACGACGCUACGUAAAGGAGGAACUAGAUGUCGAUCCAAAGUUCCAGGAGCUCUCCGAGAUGGAUCCGCGGUGCUCUGAGAUAAAAGACACUAUUGUUCAACGCGCACAGGGCGUUUUCCUAUGGGUCUACCUUGUGGUCAACUCUCUCAAGAGAGGACUGAUGAAGGACGACAACUACGCAGAUCUGCAGAGUCGACUAAAUGAGCUUCCCGAUGAUUUGCAGAGAUAUUUCGAGCACAUGUUGCAGACUAUCGAGACCAUUUAUUGGGACAGCACUACGAGGAUCUUCAGAGUUGUUAUUGCAGCGGAACAAGCGUUGCCUUUGCUUGCCUUUGAACUUUUAGACCGCGAGAUGGACGACCCCGAUUAUGCUUUGACGAUGCAAGCAAGUACAUUAACAGAUGUUGAGAGUGAGGCUAUCUGUAAGCGAUCGAACACGAGACUUAACGCUCGUUGUGGUGAUUUGCUCUAUGUCACUGUAAACCCAACAGAGACUGGGCUAUUCAAGAGCCAAGUUGACUUUUUGCACCGAACUGUGAGGGAUUUCUUCCUCGACACGGGUGUUAUAGACGAUAUGAUUCAAAAGCGCCCUACAGAGACGUUUGAUCCUCACUUAUCACUUUGCAGGAUUAUGCUUGGUCUCAACAAGGUCAUAGUUCCCAACAAGAAAUCAUCUCAGGUUUAUAAUCAACUCUACCUCGUUGCCGAUGGUUUGAUGCAUUAUGCACGACACGCCGAAGAUACCUUCAAAAGACUGGAAGGGGAUGGGAAACCUGAGCUUCACGAAUCAAGUCUCAAGCAGAUCUUCAAGAUCCUUGAUGAGCUGGACCGCACUAAUUGCGAAGGCUUAAAUCGACCCGGGGUUCACUGGACCAAUAUGAAAGACGCUCCUCAAGGCACAUUUCGAGAGGGGCACAAUAAGACGUUUCUGGCUGCGACGAUACAAGCUCGGUUGACUUUAUAUACCGCAGACUAUUUACAAAGGAACCCGUCUGAGAUUCGCCAAAAGGGUGGUCGUCCUUUGCUAGACUACGCCCUUCGACCAAAGAUGGUAACGCCUCUCCAGAUUAUUCACCUAGAACAAGGCCCUGUGUUACCCAUUGUUGAACUUCUCCUAGACAUGGGCGCUGAUCCAAACGCGGGGAUAUACAUAUACGAGAGCAAGACACCGUGGGAGUUAUUUCUGGGGACAUGCCAUCAGCAUGCUCGCUUAGAUAACAGUUCAGAGUAUUUGGAUGACGAUAUUGGGAGUGCUAUAGAGCUCAUGAUACAACGGGGGGCGCGAGUUCAUGGGACAUUCCAAGUUUCAAGAUUGAAAUCUCUGAGCCUGACGGAUAUUCUGGACGGAAUUCGGUUGCCGCAGCAUUUUAGGAGUAGGAUUGAUGAGGCAGUUAAGAGUACGAAGCAAGAGGGGACUUAUCUGUCCCGCAUAUUUGGGUGGUAUUAA